UUAGUAAAGACUUGCAGUUGCAUGGAGGACAACAGGUGUGGAUUUAAGGACCGGUGAAGUCAUGACGUUGAAGAGGAGACAAUAAAGUGGAGCUUAUUUAGCGUCAGUAGCAGUUAGAUGCGUCUGUCCCCUCGUCCGUGACGAUGACGAUGAAGGGCUUGUCGAGUAGCCGGAGACACCAUCACAUGGUGACCUGUGACCCCUCCUAUGACUCCAUGACCCUGGGGCGCCAAGCCCGGCCCUACCCGCUGAACCCGGGCAAUGCCCACCCGGCGGACCACCCUUACUAUGCCCAGCGAAGCUCCUUCCAGUCUGAGUGCGGACCCUACCCUGACCCGGCUAGCAGCACCUUCCCCCGAAGACACUACAGCUCCCACCAUGAACUGAAGGAUGAGUGUGCUGUGGUGCCUUACACCGGAGGCCAGGGGGGAGGCGUUAAAAACAACCGCAUCCCCCCAAACCUUCUGGAGCAGUUUGAACGGCAGGCGCCGGCGCGCCAUGACGGCUACCACACACUGCAGUACAAGUGCACAGCAGUGGCGCGCCAGCGCAGCGACAGUCCUGGGAGGAUCCGGCAUCUUGUCCACUCGGUCCAAAAGCUCUUCACCAAGUCCCAAUCCCUGGAAGGCCCAUCCGGGGAUAGGAUGAACGGAGGCAAGGCCAGCUCUGACGACCCGCCCUCCCACUCGGGCACCCUGAAGCACAACAGCAAGCGCAGCAAGAGCAAAGACCGCAGCAGGUCGGAGCCCAAGAUGCGCUCAGCCAUCUCAGGCUACUGGAGCUCGGACGACACCCUGGACCGCGAGGUGUGCCUGUACCACCACCACAGCCCCAUCCCGGGAGGCAUGCCCUCGGGGGUGAUGACCAUGGGCCGCCACCCAGGCAAGUCCCAGUCACAGUACUUCAUGGAGCAGUACAACACCAUCAGCGCCCACUCGCUGAAGACGUCACGAAGCAACAACGACGUCAAGUGUUCUACAUGCGCCGGGUUGCCGGGACUGGGCACGGGGAUGGACGGUAAUGGCCAACUGCUGAAGAAGAGCUCGUGGUCAUCAACGCUGACGGUCAGUAGGGCCAGGGAAGUCUACCAGAAAGCAUCGGUCAACCUGGACAAAGCCCCGGUCAAGGCUGAUACCUGCCAGCGGGGGGGGCGCCAGAUCUGUCAAUUCCUCCAGGUACCCCAGGACGAGUGGAGUAGGGGGUUCUUGUCCGUGGGGAAAGACGAGGAGAUCCCAUGCAGGCGUAUGCGCAGUGGCAGCUACAUCAAGGCCAUGGCGGAGGAAGACAGCGGCGACUCAGACUGCAGCCCGAAGCCCUCGCCCAAGGUGCAGGCACGCCGGGCGAGCUAUCUGAAGGCCACACAGCCAUCGCUCACCGAGAUGACCACCCUCAAGAUCUCCACCGAGUCGCACUCUCCCAAGCUGCAGAUCCGGAGCCACAGCUACCUGCGUGCGGUGAGUGAGGUUUCCAUCAAUAGAAGCCUGGACAGCUUGGACCCGGCAGGGCUGCUGGCCUCGCCCAAAUUCCGCUCACGAAACGAGAGCUACAUGAGAGCCAUGCGCACCAUUAGCCAGGUGAGCGAGGUAGAGGUGAACGGACAGAUCGAGGCAGUGUGUGAGUCUGUUUUCAGUGAGAUGGAGUCUCAAGCGGUGGAUGCUCUGGACCUCCCCAUGUCAGGCUGCUUCCGCAUGCGCAGUCACAGCUAUGUCCGGGCCAUCGAGAAGGGCUGCUCCCAAGAUGAGGAGGACAGGGUCACCAUGGUGGGGGGAAACAUGAGGGCUAUCUCAGCCCCCCGGGCCACCACCACCGUCAGGACCAUCCAGAGCAGCACAGUGUCGUCAUGCAUUACCACGUACAAGAAGACGCCUCCGCCGGUGCCGCCGCGCACCACCCCACCCAAACCUGUCAUCUCCAUCACGGCCCAAAGCAGCACCGAGUCGGCCCAGGACGCAUACAUGGACGAGGGGUCAGGCCUCCGGACCCGGAUCAGCACAUCCCAGCCCCAUCUGUCCAACUCCACUGAGAGCAUCGACAGUAUGAAGGCCCUGACUGCAGCUAUCGAGGCAGCUAACGCCCAGGUCCACGGCCCGGCCAGCCAGCACGUCACCAACAGCACCAUCACCGUCACCGCCACCGCCACCACCACUGCCUCCAGCGACAGCAAGAGGGACUCGCUCCGGAAGUGCCUCUCCAUAGGGAUACAGGUGGAUGGACCAGAGGAGGUUAGGGCGACAGAGGAGCACUCCAAGUUCCAGUCAGUGGGUAUCCAGGUGGAAGAGGAGAGAUGUUACCGCAGGAUGACCAGGUCCAACAGUGUGACCACGGCGGUCCAGGCCGACCUAGACGACCCUGACUACUAUCCCGCCGACGCUCCAGAGAUGGCGAUGCGCCACUCGGCCACCAUGCCCCGCCAGUACUCCCGGGACUCCGCCACCUCCACCGUCUCCAUCCAGGGCUCGGGCAACCACUACCACGCCCUGACUGUAGAGGAGUACGGCGAGGUGGGUGUCGACCCAUCCAUCCUGCCCCCACCCGACCCCUGGAUGGACCAAGUGGAGGGCCCAAUGGAGGUGGUGGAGGGGAGGGGGUCGUUGUGUCCCAGGGACGGGCGCUGGUUCCUCAAGCUGCUGCAGGCCGAGAUGGAGCGCAUGGAGGGCUGGUGCAGACAGAUGGAGCAGGAAGAGAUGGAGAACAAGCUGCCGGACGAGAUCCUGGGGAAGAUCCGCAGUGCAGUAGGCAGCGCCCAGCUGCUCAUGUCUCAGAAGUUCCAGCAGUUUCGGGAGCUGUGUGAGGAGAACCUGAACCCCAAUGCCAACCCCAGGCCCAUCUCCCAGGAUCUGGCUGGUUUCUGGGACAUGCUGCAGCUGUCCAUCGAAAACAUCAGCCUAAAGUUUGAUGAGCUGCACCAACUCAAAGCCAACAACUGGAGAGCCCCGGACCCCCCCGUGAUAAAGGAGAGACGGUUCGCCCCUCCAGUGCCAAAGAAGCCCCACAGGGGCCAUCCUCCCCUGGCCAGGGACCGUUCUCUGGAGAGCUCCGUUAGACAGCGGCUGGAGGCUCGCAAACGUCUGCUGGCCGCCAAGCGGGCCCUCGCGGUCCGACAGAGCUCUGUCACCGAGAGCACAGCAGACAGUAUUGAGAUCUACAUCCCCGAGGCCCAGACCAGACUAUGAGACACACACAGAUAGAGACAGAGACCCUCCCCCACACACACACACACACACACACACACGCACCUACAAUGGUGCACGCAAACACCCACACAGGCACACACAGCACUGAAUGGCGAGGGUAGGGUGCUUGUAAUAUAAUCACAUCUUUAUUUACUUCAACAAAAGAGCGGGGACGGUCACAGCUCUAUAGUUGAGUGAGAAUACUGUAUAUUUAUGAAUUUUUAUCCUCUCCAUUUGAUCCUCUCCGUUGAACUUUCAGCUUUGACGUAGCUCCCCCCCCCCCACUCCCAGCGAUGUUUCUUCUUGUGAUGUCAACUCUUCUUACCGAUAUUCCACCAACCAAGUGACCUGUUGUCACCCAAACAACAGGUAUAGCAGUACCACAGCAUUGAGGCAUAAUGUAUCAUGUUUCUGAUUCAUUGGAACAGAAGGAAAGUUACUGAGGGAGGGGUAGUGUACUAGUGGGUCUAGACGGAGUGCUGUCAGGGCACACUAGCUAAUCCUGUUGGGUGUCAGAAAGCCUGAGACAGCAACUGUGUCCCACAUGACACCCUACUUCUUAAAUAGAGCACUGUUUUUGUGCACUACCUAGUGCACAAAAACAAUAACUACCUAGGGAGUUAUUUGAGACACAGCCAACCUCUCUACUCUGGUGACCGUGGGUGAGGCUGCUACUGUGACUCACAGCACGAUAACAGCAGACAAUAGGGAAACUCAGUCUCUUUCCCCCUGUGGGAUACUACUGUCACGGGGUUCACAACACACACUCACACACACACACACACACACACACACACGCACACACACACACACAUACGCAUGCACGUACACUCAUUUGAGGUAACUUACCUAAACCUGUUUGAAUUGUUAGGGAGAACACCUGAGACGUGUCUAAAACCUUCUGGAGACAUACGAGACAUCGACAGAAUGUAGCAGCGACCAUUGAAACUGUUUUAAAUGUUUCAAUUAGGAUUCAAUCCUAACUUCGAUUUAGUAAUAUUUUCACUUAGUCAUGCAUUGAUGUCAAUGGAAGACUAAGUAAACUUAAGUAAAACUUAGGAUUCGCCCCUUAUUAUUGAAAUCCAGGGAACAGCAGCUCUACAUGACUUGGCAAUGAAAUCACACACGUAAGCAUUUUAGUGAGUCACCAUAUUUUAAAAACAAUAAAAUGCAAAGAAAAAGGGUAUACACUAAUGGUUUGAUACAAUGAUUUUAGUCCAACACCUAUGAACACCUAGAUGUUCUAUUAGAGCAACACACAUUUAUCACACACUAUUUUGUUAUUGUACUUCCAGAGUACUCUGAGAGACUUUGCGCAGUAGCUGAAUCAACACAGUCCGAAGUUGUUCAACGUAGAAAAUAAUAUCAAUGUGCAAAAAUGACUUUCAUUUGUAAAAUCCAAACCUUUUAUAAAAUGGGAUUUGGAUGAGAGGUGUAGCUUGGGAUUCAUAGUAUUUACCAAUAAUCAAUACAGGUCUUUGUAGAGUAAAAAAAUCGAAUGAAUAAAUCAACUCUGUCGGACAAUGACACUAUUCCUCCUUUUCUCCAAAAGCAGUCUUUCCUGUUACAGGAGCAGUGGCAUGAUUCUGCUGUACUCUCCUAUGUCUGAACUUUAUAGGGGUUAUAGGUCAAAGGGUCACGUCCGUCUGUCUACCCUCAGAUGUGGUAGGAUUCUAGAGUUGACAAUGCCAGUCCUGCCUGGUAGUCAGGUAUGGAGUUAGGUGGGCUCAUGGCAAGCUCUCAGAGAGAGGUCAGUGCAAUGAAAUCAGGGUCUGCCAGAAUAAAAAUGGUGAUUGACAGUUUAGCAGACUCUCUUAUCCAGAGCGACUUACAGGAGGAUUUAGGGUUAGGUGCCUUGCUCAAGGGCAGAUAAACAGAUUUUCCACGUAGUCGGCUUGGGGAUUCAAACCAGCAACCAUUGGGUUACUGGCCAAGCGUUAUUAACCGCUAAGCUACCUGCUGCCCCGUUUAGUGUGCGAGUGGGUGCGUGCGUGUGAGUGUGCGUGCCUGUGUCUUUGAGUGCAGGUGUAUGUGUGUAUCUAAUGUGUAUGUGAGUAUAUGGGGUUUACCUGCUUGUUUCUGAAGUGCUUCCUAUUUUUCAAAGUCCAAACGGGUCUUUCUUUUCACUAUGGAUGUGUCCUAAAUGAUACCCCAUUCCCUAUAUAAUGCAAUACGUUUGACCCUUGGCCCAUAGAGCUCUGGUCAAAAGUAGUGCACUAUGUAGGGAAUGGGGUACCAUUUUGGCCUCUGAUUAACGUAGCAGAAUCGACAUACUGUUAGUCCGUACCUAAACAAGCCCUGCCUAUCAUUUUCAACGGAACGAUAUAUGCCUGCACGUAUAAAGAACAUACGACUGACUACAUAAUACGCAUGCCGACAUGAGCUAAUUGAAAUGUCUUCAUGUCAUUCUUUUCCUUUUGAACUUAUUUCAUUCUGUUUAUCAUAUUGUGCUGAUAAUACAAUGUGUCCUUAAGUUUAAAAAAAGAGUCGCCUACUGCCGAUGUUCCUUUACUUUAAGGGUAUCUUUAAAUGUAAAGUGUUACUAAUGUUCUACAUGACAAGAUAUUUUGUUAUUCUAUCAAACGACAGUGGGAAUUAUUUUCUCCGCAUCCAAACUGACACGCAACGCAACCACUUGAAAGUGAUAUAAAAAUAAUACAAAGUGUUUAAUGGUGUUUUAUGUCCACUGUUUAUUUAUUAAUCCCCAGAAUCAUUAUCAUUAUUAUUAUGCACUGACAAGGCCCUUAUGCUGUGUUUUAUGAUUCUCCUUCUUAUAUGGUUUUCUCUUUGGGAUGAAAGACACCUUUUAUUCUGUGUCAGUAAUCAGCCUUAAUUUAUAUUGUGAUAGUCAAGCACAAAUCAGCCUCAGGGGAAGAAGAAUAAAGCACGUGUGAUUGUC